GCCUGGGGGUGGGGAGAGGGAGGGAGCUGGUGCACAGCAGGGAGCCAACCUGAGCCAACACAGCAGCCUGAGACUUCCCAAGCCCAGAAUGCUGAGGACAUCUCUUGCCCGGGCCCCCAGCCUCCCCACCUCUUCUGGCAUUUUCCACCUCUGCCUCACAUGCUUGUUGGGCCAGGUGGGCUUGCUGCAGGGACACCCCCAGUGCCUAGACUACGGGCCCCCCUUCCAGCCCCUGCUGCACCUCGAAUUUUGCUCAGACUAUGAGUCCUUCGGCUGCUGUGACCAGCAGAAGGACCACCGCCUUGCUGCCCGGUACAGGGUCAUCAUGGAUUACCUUGACCUCAAGGGCCACGAGCUGUGUGGUGGCUAUAUUAAGGACAUCCUCUGCCAGGAGUGCUCACCCUACGCAGCCCAUCUCUACGAUGCGGAGAACCCUCAGACGCCCCUCCGGAACCUUCCUGGCCUCUGCUCCGACUACUGCUCUGCCUUCCACUCGAACUGCCACUCUGCCAUCUCCCUACUGACCAAUGACCGCCGCCUCCGGGAGACACGGGAAAAGGAUAGUGCCCACUUCUGUCACCUCCUCAACCUUCCCGACAAGGACUACUGCUUCCCUAACGUCUUGAGGAAUGACCAUCUCAACCGCAACCUGGGGGUGGUGGCUGAGGAUGGCCGGGGCUGCCUCCAGCUCUGCCUGACCGAGGUGGCCAACGGGUUGAGGAACCCCGUCUCCAUGGUCCACGCGGGGGACGGCACCCGUCGCUUCUUUGUGGCCGAGCAGGUGGGGGUGGUAUGGGUCUAUCUGCCUGACGGGAGUCACCUGGAACAACCGUUUUUGGACCUCAAGAACAUCGUACUGACUACUCCGUGGGUAGGGGAUGAGAGAGGCUUCUUGGGAUUGGCUUUCCAUCCCAGAUUCCGCCGCAACCGCAGAUUCUACAUCUAUUAUUCAUGUCUGGGCAAGAAGAAGGUAGAAAAGAUCCGGAUCAGUGAGAUGAAGGUUUCUCGGGCUGAUCCCAACAAAGCCGACCCCAAAUCAGAAAGAGUCAUCUUGGAGAUAGAAGAACCAGCCUCAAAUCAUAAUGGUGGACAACUUCUUUUCGGUGUGGACGGCUACCUGUACAUCUUCACCGGGGAUGGAGGGCAGGCCGGGGAUCCCUUCGGCAAGUUUGGAAAUGCUCAGAACAAAAGUUCCCUGCUGGGGAAAGUGUUAAGGAUCGACGUGAACGGGGCAGGCUCUGAUGGCAGGCGGUAUCGAGUCCCCCGCGACAAUCCGUUUGUUGCUGAGCCAGGGGCCCACCCUGCUGUCUAUGCCUACGGGGUCCGAAACAUGUGGCGCUGUGCCGUGGACCGAGGGGACCCCGUCACACGCCGGGGCCGAGGCCGGAUGUUCUGUGGGGACGUGGGACAGAAUAGGUUUGAAGAAGUUGACCUCAUUGUGAAAGGCGGAAACUAUGGCUGGAGGGCAAAGGAAGGGUUUGAAUGUUAUGACCGAAAACUUUGUCACAAUGCCUCUUUGGAUGACAUUCUGCCCAUCUAUGCUUAUGGCCAUGCAGUGGGGAAGUCAGUCACCGGAGGAUAUGUCUACCGUGGGUGUGAAUCCCCAAAUCUCAAUGGCCUCUACAUCUUUGGGGACUUCAUGAGUGGUCGACUUAUGGCUUUGCAGGAAGAUAGGAAAACCAAGAAAUGGAAGAAACGGGACAUUUGCCUGGGCAGCACUGAAUCCUGUGCCUUCCCAGGGCUGAUCAGCACCUACAGCAAAUUUAUCAUCUCUUUUGCUGAAGAUGAAGCAGGGGAGCUCUAUUUCCUGGCCACCUCUUACCCGAGUGCCUACCUACCACACGGAUCUAUUUACAAGUUUGUUGACCCAUCAAGGCGAGCACCGCCAGGCAAGUGCAAGUACAAGGCAGUGCCGGUGAAAACCAGGAGUAAGCGGGUCCGGUUCAGGCCACUCACCAAGACAGUCUUGGACUUGCUAAAGGAGCAGUCGGAGAAAGCUGCUAGAAAAUUGUCCAAUGCAACCUCAGCCUCUCGGCCAGUCAGGACCUCAUCUCUGAAGGGCCCCUCCAGGAAGCCAGCUUCUCCCACAAGCAGCAGGAAGACAUUUCGAGGGCCUGGGACAAAGAAGAGAGCCAGAGUGUGGUCCCCAGGCUCCCAGGGCAAGAGGAAGAUGACGCGGAAAAGCCACAGUGGCAGGGUCAGGCAGAGCCGAGCCGGCAGAAGUUUCCGUCGGCCUUUUCUGUCAGGGUGGCUGGCCGGGGGACGUGCCAGGGGAGAAUCGCCUCGCCCCAUGGGAGCCCCUGCUGCUGAACUUGGGCUUUAGGUGGACGGGAGCUGGAGUCAGAAGUGGGCAGGCAGAGGGAGCCUGACUUAGGGCCGGUGUGGUUGUCCUCUCCACUCUUGCUAUCUGAACAGAUGCUCCUUGUCUGCUUUUAUGGAGAGACCCGAUCCCACAUUGCCAGUGCACCUGGCUAACUGUGCGCACUGGUCGGUAAGCCUCCUUGGACUCCCACUGGAUGUCUUUUGUUUUACAAAUGCCUACAACCCAAAGUAAUAAAUCAAUACUUGC